GACAGAACGGAGGUGUGGCGAAAUCACAGGCAAGUUUUUUUUUCCCCUCUGAAGUUUUUUAAAGGGACAUCAUUGAGCGUACGGCAAGAUAAAGGAUUGACUUAAGAGUGAAGCUGACUUGUCUCCUUCUCGAAAUCAUGGAUGUCAGAUCUGUGAGUCAGUGCAUGACUAGCACCGUUUGUCUGAUUCUGCUUUGUGUGCACUGGGCUUCAGCUGCAGCUGAGCAAGCAAUAACUUCGCUCAACAGUAACUCCAUACAAACAGAAUCCAAUAGACACAGUAUGGAUCAGUGUGAACAAUAUUUCCAAAAUGGUUGGGACACUUGUGUGACAGCAAGGCUGUGCUGUCAGCAUGGUGUGGAUGAAUACGGAUGGAUUGCUGCUGCAGUUGGUUGGAGUCUCUGGUUCCUCACCCUCAUCCUUAUCUGUGUAAAUAAAGUAGGAAAACUCAGGCCUGAUGAAUCUGAAAAGUACCCUUCGCCUUGAGGUAUUGGGAGGUGAAGUGAAACGCAAAACUGGAAAGGAGCGAAAGAUGGGAAAAGAGAGGCAACCAGCUCUGAUCAAUUUGGGGUGAAUGAGCAAUGUUUCAAAUAUGGUUUGCACUCUGUUGCAGUGUAGCCUUUUCUCCAGGUUUAUUGUGCACCCAUCAGCACACUACAGCAAAGAAAUGGCAUGUAAACAAAGCAACCCUCUCUUCUUAGGCACGUAACAUAACAAUGGCAGUCAGAUUAUUGUGCCGUGCUACAUUUACCUCUAAGCUUUGAAAUAACCAGCUGAAGAAUCAAAUACUUGUUAAUAUUUAUGAACACUACUGUAAAUAUCUUUCUCAUGCCACUGAACAGGAUAUGAAGGAAAACUGAUAAUUUGAUGCACAGUUCUUUUCUCCUCUCUGCAGCCAUCUUUCUGUUAUAACCUUUUUCAUAACCAUUUUAAUCAUAUCUUUUCUGCCAGGGAAUUCCUAAGCUCCUGAGUACACUGCCCUGAAUCCUCCCUCACUUUCCUAUCAUCUCUACUAUGCUAAGAUCACAAUUCUGUUACUUAAUUUCCUUGUGCUUGUUAAUCUUUUCUUCCUUCCUUCAAAUUCCUGACUUGUCUUUCAUUCCACUCCUUGCAAUUUUGACAAUAGCUGCAUCAUCCAAUUCUCCAGUCCGGUUUCCUCUCUAAACAAGUCAGGCCCUGAUUGCUAUACAACUCAUUUCAUAACAAUAUUCUUCACACAAAGAGUUCAUUUAUGCACCAUAUUAAAUCCAAACUUUCAUUAAAAUGUGAUACCUUACCUUAAUAUGCCUAAUAUUUUGGAUUUGAAUUUCAAUACUGAACAAUUCAAAAUAUCAUUUGUAAUAAUCAUUAUUGAAAAAGUAUGUCGAAUAGUCCUACAGCAAAACCACUUCAUUUGUUUGAGGAACCAAUGACUGUUAGGGUUACUGUGACACAUCCAGCUGCUGUUUCUUUCAUCUGUCCUGUCUCCAAAGCCAAGGCGAUCAUUAUAAAGCCCACAACACAGAGAGGAAUGGGAUUAAUGGACGGAAUGAACUUUUCCUGUCCUUAACAUUUUCUUACCUUCCACAAUCACAGGAUCUGUAUGAUUUCAAACUAAAACAGAAAUUGCUGGUGGAACUCAGCAGGCCUGGCAGCAUCUGUAGAGAGAAAGCAGAGUUAAUGUUUCGAAUCCAGUGACUCUUCGUCAGACA